AUGGUACUGUUAAAGGUAUAAAAGCCGUAGAACGGCAGUUGAAUGUAUCACAAUCCAAUUUCGUUUCAAACUAAAAAGAAUCGCUUACCAAUAUCCGAAACAAAAAUGAAGUUUAUCAUUUGUCUGUUUUUCUUUGUCGCCGCUUUCGAUGCAGUAUUGAGUGUGGAUCCACCGGCAACCGAUGCCGUACCAGCAACUGACGCUGUCCCAGCAACUGACGCUGUACCAUCAACUGACGCUGUACCAUCAACUGACGCUGUACCUUCAACUGACGCUGUACCAUCAACUGACGCUGUACCAUCAACUGACGCUGUACCAUCAACUGACGCUGUACCAUCAACUGACGCUAUUCCAGCAACUGACGCUAUUCCAGCAACUGACGCUAUUCCAGCAACUGAUGCUAUUCAAGCAACUGACGCUAUUCCAACAACUGACGCUAUUCCAGCAACUGACGCUAUUCCAGUCCCAAAAGGAUUAUUGAAUGCAUUAUUAAAACUACUUCUCGGCAAAGCUCCAAUUCCUGAUGUAGGUGAUGCUCCAAUUCCUGACAUUGGUGACGCUCCAAUUCCUGACAUUGGUGACGCUCCAAUUCCUGACAUUGGUGACGCUCCGAUUCCUGACAUUGGUAACGCUCCAAUUGCGGAUACUGGUGACGCACCGAUUCCAGAUGCUGGUGACGCACCGAUUCCAGAUACUGGUGACGCACCGAUUCCAGAUACUGGUGACGCACCAAUUCCUGACGCCAGUGAAGUUCCAAUUCCUGAGGUUGAUGAGACGCCAGUUCCUGCAGCUUAAAAUUAGUUAGACUAACUUUAUGUUUGUCGUAGUAAUGCAGAUUAUAAGUAAUUUAUUCGUCUUCUUCGUUAAAAUAAAACAAAAAAUAAUU